UAAUAAUUCAACUUUUCGAAUUGUUCAAAGAAUCUCCUACAGGCUUUAACAAUACUCUUAAUUCACUCGAUAUUUGCUUUCCCAUCGAGUUCCAUUGUUACGCCACAUCAUGUUUUUCGGUUGUUUGAACACCGAGAGUAGAAGAUAUUCGUUGAAGAAAAGCUCGCAUGUAACACGACAAGAAUUUCUGUCGCAGGAUAAUUUGUACACAAGACACUCCCUUCCUGGAUGUGCUUCAGAGAAUAUGUUAAACACUAAUAAAGACAAACUGGAAAAGCGUAACUCUCUUCAAAAUGUACCCACAUCCAAAGAGUUAUGUUAUUCUCCCGUGCGUGAAAGAACGAAACAAAACAUGAGGAGUUUGGAGUCGAUAUUCCAGGCUGUGAAUCUUUCACAGCAUACUAUACGACAAGAAAACUUGCAACAGCUUGAAACGUGGUCAGAAUCGUUGGAUAAAUUGUUGAAAGAUCCCGCUGGUAUACAUAACUUUUCAAUGUAUCUAAGAAGCGAACAUAGUUCGGAAAAUAUCAGGUUCUGGUUAGCGUGUGAAAAUUAUAAAAAAAGCUCAGUGGAGGUGCUCCAUGAGAAAGCUAAAAUUAUCUACAACGAGUUUCUGUCUAGAAGGUCGCCUAACCAAGUCAACUUAGAUUCGCAACUUGUCAACGACGUGCGCGAUCAGAUAGCCAAACCAACAAAACAAACAUUUUUAAAAGCACAAUGUGAAAUUUUCAGAUUAAUGAAAACUGAUAGCUACCCUAGGUUUUUAAAAUCCAAGAAAUAUCAACAGUUGCUGGCCGACAGCUCGAACGAAAAACCAAAAACAAGGUACGACAUAUUUCUGGCUAAUCAAGACAAAUCAGCUUGAGCAGGAGAGACAAUCAAAUCAAAGAACGAAGUUAAAAUGUGUGUACACGUUGAUUCAAUGAUCCUAACAUUUCUGAAACACAUUUGAAUGUAACUGUCACAUGUGAGAUGAAAAUGGCCACCAUUGGUCAAUAACCAAGAUUAGUGACUUCCAGGAUGACAUUUAAUAACCAACCAUGCGAACUAUCGAUGCUAGAUAUUUUAAAAACUCUUAAAAUUUCCCUGGCCCCUUGAGUAUUGGUUAUUCUUUCCGUGUAUCUCAAACUUUGUGAUGUCAUCUUUACAAGAAGUUUCAUAACCGUCUUAGAAUCUGACUUCGUGAUGAUUGACAUAAAAAUAAAUGAUAUGCGCGUUUUUGACCAGUCUAAAAAUCUUUUAUAACAAUAUGCCUGAUCAGGGUGGCUACCAUAAUGUUGGUAGCCACUCUAAAAUCUAAGAGCUUUGAGGUAUUUUGCUAUAAUCCAAGGGUUCUUAAAUACACAGGGAAAAUAUCUAGGUAGAAUCUUGAAGGAAAAAAGGUGGAAUAGAGGUGAAUGUAAAAAUGUCACUCCUAAAGUAAAUAAUUUCGAAGAGAGGAAAUUUUCAAAAAGCUGUAAACAUAUAAAGUUAUUACGACACAAUAAAUUACAACAAGUGAGAUUUGUUUUUAGAAA